UUCUACCCUGUACAAAAAGAGGCCGACGUUGUAUGUAGGGUAUGUUUAAGGAAAGGACACGACGAAAUGGAUUGUCUGUGGAACGAAGCAAUGGAUCGAAAGGACUAUCGGCAUGAGGAAGGGAAGUCGAAGGACCAAUACAACCUUGGAAACAUGACCCCUGAACAACAAAGCCGAAUGAUGGAAGUUCUGAGUAAAUACGAGGACGUUUUUGCACGGGAACCCAAUCAGCUAGGAAGGACGUCGGUCGUCCAACAUGAAAUACACACCGAGGAAGGUCCUCCGCUCGCUUAUUUGGUAGAACAAUGCAACGGACGUAGUAGAUAA